AUGAAAUGUAGUAGGGGGGAAUGGAAACAAGAGGCUGAUACGAAGCCAGCACAGGAACACCUGGAUGGCAUAGAGCAUGAUACCAUAUUUGAGGAUCUUGACAACAAGAGCCCUCUACUUCUCCAGUACAAACCUGUUUACAAACAGGUCCCAGUGCUUGUGCAAAAUGGAAAUCCAAUCUCAGGAUCACUAAUAAUUCUUGAGUACAUAGAAGAAACAUGGAAGCAAACCCCCUUAUUGCUUGAAGAUCCUUAUGAGAAAGCCACUGCACGUUUCUGGGCGAAACUCAAUGAUGAAAAGCUCUUGCCAUCAACAGGGCAAGCUUUUAUUAAACAAGGGAAAGAGCAAAAGGAAUCUAUUGUUCCAGCCAUGGAGAUCCCGAAAUGUGUAGAAGAGCUGCUGAAGGGGAAGACAUUCUUUGGUGGAGAGAACAUCGGAAUUCUAGAUCUAGCAUUUGGUUGGAUAGCUACAAUUGUCAGUCUCUUCGAAGAGAUAACUGGACUAAAGAUGAUAGAUUCUGAGAAAUUCCCAUUGUUAUCAGCAGCAUGGAUGGAGAAUUUCUCAGAUGUUCCAGUAAUCAAAGAAAACUGGCCACCUCAAGACAAGUUAAUCACUAAGUUCCAAGCCAUGCAUGAGACAUACCUGGCAGCAGCUGCACCUAAAGGAGCCACUUCCUGA